AUGACGAAAAAAGAGAAUAACAAAAUUGGGUUGAUCGGAGCAACGGCGUAUAUUGUUGGCUCAAUUAUCGGAAGUGGAAUAUUCAUUGCGCCAAAAGGAAUUGUGCAACAUGCUGGAUCCGUCGGUUUAUCAUUGAUUAUAUGGGUGGUUUGUGCUCUGUUAAACAUGAUUACAGCUAUCAAUUUCAUCGAACUUGGCACAAGUAUCCCAGAAUCUGGAGCCGAUUUAGCUUACAUUGAUUAUAUGGGUUGGACGCCCGUUGCGUUUUCGCUCCUCUGGGUAUCUCUACUCAUUGAGAGCUCUUCAUCAGCUGCAGUUUUAUAUCUGACUUUUGGAAAAUAUUUGGUUCAAGCCCUAGAUCCUAUUUAUUGUUUUUCGAAUGACACUGCUGAUAAUGUCUCGAAACUUUUUGGUUUCGGAUUACUAUUAUUUCUUACACUGGCCAACAUGUUCUCACUUCAAAAAUUCGCAUCUCGAGUGCAAAUUAUAUCAAUGUGCUCCAAGAUUUUUGCAACAGCGAUUAUCAUAGGCAUCGGAUUCUUCUUCAUCGUCUUUCGUGGUGCAACGUCACAUUACAGUAGUUCCGAGAUAAUGAAAAACAGUAAUUGGAAUCCAGGGGCAAUUGUUUUGGCAAUUUAUCAAGGGAAUUGGGCGUUUGGAGGAUUUACAACACUCAACUAUGGAUCCGAAGAAAUUCAGAUUAAGGAUUUUAGAAAAACUCUUCCACGUGCCUGCCUUGGUGGUCUUUGUAUUUCUGCAGUGGUUUAUGUACUCGUCAAUGUUUCAUAUUUUGCAAUAUUGACACCUCAAGAAAUAAUUAAUUCUUCUGCGGUGGCUACUACAUUUAUUCAAAAAACAGUUGGAAAUGGUCCAGCAUUUGCAGUACCCGCUGUGGUUGGCUUAUUACUGAUUGGAACUUUGAAUGGCGAUAUUUUUGGUUGGACAAGGUACAUGGUCGCCGGUUCACGUCGCAAAAUGAUGCCCACCUGCUUCAGUUUGAUACAUGUUGACAAUGACAGUCCAAGGGUUUCUGUCUUUUUUCAUACAUUCACAUCUAUCAUUUUCUCUUUUCUCGGAGACAUUGACCAACUCGUUGACUAUCUUACAGUAACCGGAAUGCUUACCACAAUUUUCCCUCUUGCAGUUUUAGUGAUGAUAAAAUGGAAAAAGAUGCCGAUCGCAGUGGAUCCUGUGCAGUACAGUAUAUUUUGGCCGAUUUUGAAUCUUGUCAUUAUGAUAGCAUUAUUGGUGAUUCCAAUUCAACAAGAUCUCAUUUCAUCCAUCAUUGGAUUUGGCAUGUUUUUGACAGGUGUUGUUGUCUACUUCAUCGUCAAAUUCAUUGUGGCCCAUUCGAAAUUUCUUCUUCUGAUAGACAAAAAACUAACCCAUCUUUGCCAAAUCCUAACAUGGACCAUAGUGGAUUCAGGACCCGAGGAAAAUACCCGUCUCUAG